CAUAUAGCAAAAUAUUUCAAAAAUAAAGGUCAAAGUAGGGCGAAAGCAGUUGUCAGUGUCGUUUGCGUCCCAGUCCAAAUUCAGUCCACAUUACUCGGUAAACUCAAUCCGAAGCCACUAGACAUAUAUUUUUUCUAUUAUUUUAUAAGAAAUUCCUUCCAUGAUGAAGCAAUUCGCACUGACAACCUGCAUUCGUCGCAUCUGGAUCAUGUCCGGAUGGCUGCGCCAGGAGGCGGCAAUAGCAGCAGGCAUUUUGGUGGUGCAGCGACAUCAGGUCGAACUGACGGAGCAGAAGGAGGGGCUCGAAGUCGGACAGCAGGCUGCACCCAGUGGCGGCGACGUGGGUGUCGACUCGCAAGGAAGACUACGGCGUGUGCGGCUGCUAGACGACUACGUCCUGCCCUUUGAAUGCGGUGUUUGAUUCUUGAUCUGCAACUCCUGUUCACCGAUCUGGUUCUGCGCUAGAGCGUAGUUAGUUAAUUACGCGUUCGAAUUAGUUCGAUGGUCUGAUUCGUAAAACCAUUUUUCCAAAUUUUGGUUAGGCCAUAACAUAAAUUUUAAACGAAAAAAUAGUCAAAAAAAAUA